AUGGCCUUCAAAUUCCUGUCGAAUAGCACUCUCCGGGGCGAAAAAGCCACCUUGGGAACCACCCUGCGCAGCACCUUCACCCCAGCAACGAUCCUGCGCCUCAUCCUCCGCUUCUUCCAAUUCGUCAUGGGCCUCACCAUCAUCGGCAUGUACGCCGUCGACCUCGACAACGCACGCAAGCAAGGCAAAUACGUCGACUCAAAGUGGGUUUGGGCGACCGUCUGCGGCGCCCUCGGUGCCUUUGUCUCGCUCCUCUUCAUGAUUCCUUUCCUGGGAAGGAUGGUCAUCUUGUUUGCGGUAGAUGUGGUGGUGUUUAUUUGCUACAUUGUCGCUUUUGGGAUUUUCGGGAACAUGUAUAUUGGGGAGGAUGCUGAGGGAAAUAAGGGGGUCCAGCGGAUGAAGAAUGGGGUUUGGGUACUGCUUACGAAUGUGGUGCUUUGGUUUAUUUCGGCGGUUGUGGGUGCGGGGUUGUUUUGGAGGGCGAGGAAGGCAAGGACGACGCAUACUGGACGGGCGCCGCAGCACGUCUAG